CUGGGACGUCUGCUUUACAGGAGUGAACAGCACGACUCAGGCAGAUGCACGCUGCUCCUUGGAAGUCAUUUGGGACGGCUUCCACUUCGGGGCAUCCUGUACAGGGCGCGCAGGGCACGCAAUAACUGCUCAAAUGGGGUUUGGAAGGGAAAGAAUUCAUCUACGGGGACUCUUCGGAAUAGAUGCAUGCGGACAUGACUGCCCACGGAAGACCUGUGAGGCGCCAGAAACCCAGGUAACACGCCUCUAAAGCCACUUCUUCGUGUGAUGCCACCGCUCCUUCCCACGCUCGCCCUGCCCACGGCGGCAAGGAAGCAGCCUGCACGCCUGGGUUCAGGCCUGUGCGCCGGCUUCUGCCUCUGCUCGGGAUCCUGCGCGCUCCGGCCCGCCGGGCAGCCCGACGGGGGAUGCUGGCCCUGCUGCUCUGCGGCGUGUCCGUCGCGCUUCCGUCCUUUGUCCGAGCAGACGCGUGCAAGAAUGUUAGUAUGCAAAACGAGGCACCUUCCGCAGGCCAGCCUUUUGCUUUUAAUUGUACAUACCCUCCGCUGACGUCUGGGAAGGUACAUGUGACAUGGUACAAGUAUCCUAGCAGAAUCCCAAUAUCCAAAAACACACAGUCUAGAAUUCACCAGGAGCAAAACUGGAUUUUGUUUCUCCCCCUGACCCCGGAAGACUCAGGGAUCUACCAAUGUGUUAUAAACAGUACAAACACCUGUCACAGAAUACACGUAAACCUAACUGUGUUACGAAAAUACUGGUGUGAUAUUUCUGGAAAUGGUCAACUGAUUUUAUCAGACGAAUACAAACAAAUAUUACAUGCCGGAAGGGACGAUAGUCUUACGUGUCAUCUGAACUUCCCACAGAGUUGUGUUUUGGAUUCAAUAACGUGGUAUAAGGACUGUAAAGAGAUUAAAGAAGGACGGUUUAUUCGCUGGGGAAUAAAGCUUUCGGUGAGCAAUGUUUCAGCAGAAGAUGGAGGGAACUAUGCAUGCCAAGCCCGACUGACACACACAGGGAAACACUACACUGUUUUAAACAGCAUCACUGUGCGUAUCACAGAAACAAAUGGAUAUGCAGAAAGAAUUCCUAAAAUCAUUUAUCCGAAAAACAAUUCAAUUGAAGUACAACUUGGCUCCGCCCUUACUGUGGACUGCAACAUCACAGACACAAGGGAUAACACAAAUCUCCGAUGCUGGAGAGUCAAUAACACCUUAGUGGAUGAUUACUACAAUGAAUCCAAACGGAUCAGAGAAGGAUCUGAAUCCCACAUUCCUUUUCAGAAACAUAUUUUUUACACAGUGAACAUAACCUUCUUGGAAGUGAAAAUGGAAGAUUAUGGCCACCCUUUCAUCUGUCAUGCUGGAGUGUCAGCAGCAUACUUUAUCUUAAAACUCCCAGCUCCAGAUGUUCGAGCCUACUUGAUAGGAGGGCUUCUCGCCUUGGUAGGUGCAGCGGUGUCUGUCACGUACAUCUACAACAUUUUUAAGAUUGACAUUGUACUCUGGUAUCGGAGUGCCUGCCAUUCUCCUGGGACCAAAGAAGAUGGCAAGCUGUAUGAUGCCUAUGUCUUAUACCCCAAGCCUCAAGGAGAAAUCCAGAGCCAUGAUGUGGACACGCUGGUGUUGAAGAUCCUGCCCGAGGUGCUGGAGAGGCAGUGUGGAUAUAAGUUAUUCAUAUUUGGCAGGGAUGAGUUUCCUGGACAAGCUGUGGCCAAUGUCAUCGAUGAAAAUAUCAAGUUGUGCAGGAGACUGAUCAUCAUCUUAGUUCCCGAAUCCCUGAGCUUUGACUUGUUAAAGAACAUGUCAGAAGAACAAAUUGCAGUCUACAACGCACUCAUCCAGGAUGGGAUGAAAGUCAUUCUGAUUGAACUGGAGAAAGUCAAGGACUACACAGCCAUGCCGGAGUCAAUUCAGUACAUCAAGCAGAAGCACGGGGCCAUCCAGUGGAGUGGGGACAUCACCCAACAGUCACAGUGUGCAAAGACCAAGUUCUGGAAAAAAGUGAGGUAUCACAUGCCACCCAAGAGGCUUCCACCAUCUUCUGCCCAGCUGCUGAAGCACACGUCCUGACACCUCAUGACUGGCUAGUGGGGGGCCGGUGUGGGGUUGGUUACCCAUGAUGGUGUUGGCAGCAUGGAGUGGCUCACGGUUGGACAAGGAUGCAUUGCAUUUGGGCCGACGACUUGAAGCUUGCCAUUGUGUACUUGUUGCAACAGGGCCUCUGUCUGUUGCUCGUUUUAAUCAGAGCUCCUUUAGGGGAAGAUGUCACCUUUCCAAGAGGCCCUCAUUCACUUAUGGGGUCUGAUGAACCCUCCCUGAACACAAAGUAGAUAUAGCAUGUGAGCCCCUGGGGGAUGGGACAGGGAGGAUUAUAGAGUGGCAGUUGAGAUGUCAAGAAGUUUGGUGCACAGUGUGACACCCAUGGGGCCAGAUAGGGAAGCCAAGGGAUGGCAGGAGGCAAUGUGUGGUCCUAGGGAGGGUUGGCAGGGAGAACAGCACUUUUUUCAUGACCACAAUCUUAGUACACUGAUACUGGAAGUCACUUAGAGGUCAUACAAGUGUGGCCCCACUGGGAUUGCCCAUUAACUACCUUCCCAUUGGGCCCCCUUGAAAGACUUUAUCUGUCAAAUCAAAAUAAGUAACAUUUCACUUGUUUUUCCAGCUGGCCUAUGAACGCCAGGAUUCUGAGCAACAUGUGAGAGACACAGUUAGCACCUGGACAUGAUGCAAUUCUAGGCCAUGUGAAACAAAUUAAUCUUUCAGCAUCCCCUCAUCACAAGUCAAUUUAUGGCUUAGCAAACAAGGCCCAAGGAUUUUUGAUGCUAAAAAUUAGCUGUAAACUCAUUAUGACUUUCAAAGACUCUGACCUGAGGAGCUUAGAUAAGAGUCCAAGUCUCUUGUUCUGUGGUUGAUGAUAUCAAGCCCUAACAAGUGGCCUGCUGUGGUCAAAAUGUUUGUGUCCUGCAAAUUCACAUGUUGCGAUCCUAACACCCAAUGUCAUGGUUUUGGGAGCUGGGGCCUUCGGGAGGCGAUCGGGUCAGAAGGGUGGAAAUUUCAUGAAUAGUACUCUCAUGGAAGAUACCCCAAGAAGUCCCUUACCAUUUCUGUUAUUUAUAAGCCACUCAGCCUGUGGUAUCUCAUGAUGGUGGCCCAAACUAAAGCAUGGCCCUGAUGAAGUGUCCAUGGAGGCUGGAUGGGGGUCGACCAAUGGGCAAGAUAGGAGAUGGGGAAGGGAGAAGAGGAGCAGGAGGAAUGAGUUGGGAGAACAGAGACCCCAGCAUGCAGGAAAGAGUAGUGUGUGGGGCGGGGGGGGGGAAGGGAACAGAAACAGUUAGCUCUGUGUCCUCCUUUAUAGGCCUCUGAUGUGUUCCUCAUUCUGUUCCCCCUCACCCCUCAGAUUUCUCUUCUCUGCUUAGUACCUGGAGAUCGCUGUUGAUGUUGGAGAAGGCACUUUGCUCUUCACUUUGUCUUAUGUGGAAACCAUCCCCUACAGCCUCCCCCUUCUUUCCAAGCCCUUUCUCUCCAGAGGAUGAAGAGAGGCAGAGCAGCCCCAUGAGUCAGGAGACAGGGUGAGACCAUAGAAUGUGUCCUCUGUCAGGCCAUCCCAGCAUGCCUAUGAAUUUUAGGAAAAGGUUCUCCAGGAUUCUCCAGUGACUAACAUUUUAUAAACAAAUGACUAUAUCUACACAAGUUGAGGCUAUCAGAAAAAAAAAAAAAAGCCAUUCCAUCAGAGGCAAAGAUAUUUUCUGAAAAUCUAUGGCAGAUGGCUCAGUAGUUUAGCACUGACUUCAGCCCAAGGCCUGAUCCUAGAGACUCCAGAUCGAGUCCCACAUUGGGCUCCCUGCCUGGAGCCUGCUUCUCCCUCUGCCUGUGUCUCUGCCUCUCUCUCUCUCUCUCAUGAAUAAAUAAAUAAAAUCUUAAAAAAAAAGAUCUAUGGCAGAUGGGAGGCCAGCAGUAUUGGUGAAUUUUUUUUAAUUGGAAUUAUUUUUUAAGUCAAAAACUUCCUUCCUCUCCAGUAUGUGCCCUAUGUUUCUUUUUGUUUAAAAGCAUGCCAAAGUGUAUUAACAUGAUAACAUUAAUGAAUUAAAUCAGCACAUUGCAAUUUUAUUGUUAUCAAAUAUGUUUUGUGUCCUAUGGAAGAAGCUUCUUUUCUCAAGGGUUCCAGCCUUUUAUGGAACCUACAUAUGUAGGUUGGAAACACCUACAGCUGGAAAAACAAGUGAAUUUUAUGUAUUUGGACAUGGUGCUGGUGUUCUCAGGCUUGAAUAUAUUCUCUUAGUGACAGACCAUGUGCUCUGAAUCAGGAUUUGUACAAUACAGCCACAUGUAUUAAAAGACGGAUAAGGCUUGCCUUAUCUUGGUAAAUUCUGUCCUUUUAAAUAGUGGCCCUUUCUGAUAAUUUGAUAUAAUGAUGUGUAUAUCUCCCUAGAAAAAAAAUGCACAUACACAUGAAAUUUUGACUGCAUUUUGAGAAGGUUGACAGAAUUUUUCAAACUCCUCAAUGGAGAAAAAGGUCCACAGGCCCUGAGAAAAGGACCCCUUCCCCAGAGGGACUUUCACUUCUGUACUUAUAAGAUGUGAUCUCAGAAUUUUAUGGGACUCUAUGUAGAGGUCCAGUGAUAAAUGUACUGAGUGAGCCUUUUGGGGUCCUCCUGAAAGUUGUUUGGAAAGUAACACAGAUUUGAGAUUUUCAUCCUAUUUUAGUCAUCAUGUAGCCCAGGGCUGCCUUACUGGUCCGCCACAAAUGAGUUGCAGGUCUUCAAGGACAGUUACUCUUGAGAUAUUUCCUCACAGUGUGUCUGGAGCUGUAGGCCUUAUCAGUCUGUGCUCUGUGAUGUGAGAAAGAUUGGGAAACAGAUCCUAGUCAGAUGGGAUCCCGAAAAGUGAAAGGAGUAAACUAAAUACUUGAUGGCAGAGUUGGGACAGAUGACUCUGCCUUCUCACUGUGCUGUGGCUCUUACCCUACAGCAACUUUUCUGACCCUCUCAGUCCUGUGACAACUGCCACUCUUUGGAACUAACUUCUAGAAACCUUGGAAUGGACUUUUAGAAGUACACAUAAUCACUUCUGAGUGAUUUCCCUUGAUUUACUCAAGGCUUUGUCAGGAGGGCACAUAUUUUUGUUUUAUUUGGUAUUUUUUUUAAAGAUUUUAUUUAUUUAUUCAUGAGAGACACAGAAAGAGAGUGGCAGUGACACAGGCAGAGGGAGAAGCAGGCUCGCUGUAGGGAGCCUGAUGUGGGACUCAAUCCUGGGACUCCAGGAUCAUGCCCUGAGGCAAAGGCAGAUGCUUAACUGCUGAGCCACCCAGGCAUCCCAUUGUUUGGUCUUGCUUUUGCUCAGCAGGAAGCAAAGCUGUAGCAUUUAAGUUCACAUGAAAUUUAACAUUCAAGAUUAAGAAUUCCUUCAAUAACUUUUACCUUUCUUGAAUGGAUCCUUCUGACUGGCUGGAGGUUUUAAAUGAGAGACAUCAAUGGAGGAUAUUAUGUCCCUUCCUGGGAAAGCUUUAUCACAUCUAGCAUUGGAUUUCACUGAAUUUCAUCUCUUACCCAGAGCCUCACUACUUGGGAAUCUGGGGAUCUGGGGCUCUGCCUCGUGGGGAAAAGCUUGUGUUUGAAACUCAACUUUUCCACUGUCUGUGGGGCUUUUGAGAAUCUGGUCAACCUCUCUGAGCUUGUCAUCAUUCAGGGAUGACACGAGGAUAAAAGAUGUAACAUAUGUGAGUAUGGGUAUGAUAAAUAGUUGUUAUUUAUGAACAGAUUGGACAUACUUGAAAGUACUCUGGCCAUGAUAUUCAGGGGAAGAGGUUUAAUUGAAGGGGAAAAAAUCAAUUGGCACUGAAUGUUUUGCAUUAGGGAGCUCAUGGUUUUGGAACAUCUUAAAUUUUCUACUAGCUUCUUAAAGUCACACACAAAAAAAAUACCCCUGGAGACAGGGUGCUCCAUAUUGGCAUCUUUGGGGUCUAUGACUAUGUCCCAUGCUGUGGGGACUCGGCUGGAGUAACUUUCCAGACCACCCUGCCCUGUCUGCUGGCUGGUAUCCUCUUCCAUGUAUCCUCAUCCAUGUUUUCAGGGACCUCUAGCCUUCCUGAUCCUUGGGUAUUCACACAGGAUAUCUAUUCCAAUGGAGUUUUUGAUUAUUGUCCUUACUCACUGCUUGGCCUUGAUUGUGGGGAGCUCAGAGAGUUUUGAAGCCCGGUCCUGGGAGGUGGGUGCCAGGAACCUUUAGCCAUACUCAUUCUACCACACAAUAUCUCAGGCCAGAGGAGUAUUUGAAGGAAAUACCUGAGCUGAGGAGACCCAACUGAUAAUACUGUCCCUAUCCUGGGCUUCCGGAGGACAGCGCUGUUACUCCUCCCCUGGCCACAUGCCAGUCCAAUCAUGUCUCAGACCAUGUUCAAUUCUUCCUCAGACACUCAGCAGCUGUGAUUCCAAGCACUCUGUUAUGGUACUUGGGAUUGUUCACUUCUUGCCAUAAUUUCAUCCGAACACUCCUCAAAUGAGACUUGACAACUUGUCCUGAAGAUUGUUUCCUUCAGAGCCUUCCAGAAUUUCUGUAGCAGAGGUUCAGAGGCACUUGUCAGUUGGGGUGGUGGUGGUGGGAGAGAAGGGCUUGAAGUAGCGUUUGUGUAGCUGGGCCUUGGCCAAAAAUGGAGAAACCAUUAAUUACUCAUGUCAGAGAAUGGGAUGAUUCCAAUUGGAGACUUCAGGGAAGGGGUGCUGGAAUUCCACGGAGGUUCCUCCAUCUCAUCCAUAAUCAGUCCCCAAAAUGUGCAUUUCCACUGCUUUGUAGGUGUUCUUUGACAUUAAGUCUCAGUAUUUAGAUACAUAAUUAGGCUGUGUAAUCAAGAAGUGUUAAGCCUCAUACUAAAUAUUUGCCAUUCUGAAUACUCAGUGAUGCCCAUCUCAUCCUCAAUUUUAUUAGUAUUAGUUUACUAGUUUCAACAAUUCCAUUGUUAAUUUCUACUAGUUUUUAAUGGAUAAUGGGAUACCGUGUGGUAAAAAUAUAAAUAACUGAAUUAGCUCGGCUUUGCCAUUGAAAUGGUGUUUCGAAGGUUAAGACACAUUUGCCAGCUGAUGGACUCAUGUCUAAGUCUGCAUAAGAAAGAAGGUUAGAUGUCCGUGGAUAACUGACAAAAGGUGGAUUAUAUGAAAGCUGAAGGCCUCCACUAAUUCUCUCAUGUUUCUACGGUGGGGCUGAGGUAAAUGGGGCCUUAUCCCCAUUCUUUGGGUGUGGGCCCCAGUUCUCCUCAGGCUAUCCUGGGGGCAGGGGUGAGAGGUGAAUGGGUCAGAGAAAAUAUGAAGUACAGGUGCCAAACCCCUCAGUCACCUUUUGGCUCACCUUCCUAUAAUGACUGAGUCAGCCCAGAACCCACUUCCUUUGAUUUCUCCCCUCAAAUACCAUGAGUCUAUUCAUGAGAAAGUCCUGAGUGAAGACUGGGUCGCAUCAAAUAAGGGUCCAGGAAGGUCUGGUCUUUUCCCAGAAGGUCAAACAAGAUGAAGACACAGAGGCGAAAGUGCUCGGCGUGCCUCACAGAACUAUAAGGAGCCAUCUGACCUACAUGGGGUUGGGGGCCACUGUCCCUCAGAGCCUUUGGAAUCCAUUGACCUUUCCUUGGCUCUUGAUGCCGAUUCAUUUUUCAAUAAACUUUCCUUCAACA